UCUUAUCACACGUCAUUUCCGGGUUCGGCUGUCAAUGUUCCCGGUUCCUCCAGUGUACUUUCUGCUUGGAGAGACAUGCAAUAUAACGGCGAGAGGUCUAUGCAUUCUAAAUUAGUUUUGGACUUCAACUUGUUUCCUUGCUACUUUCUAUUCCAUCUACGAUGCUAAACAGGAGCUCCUUCACCACCCUGGUGGUUGGAGUGUUUAUUGUAUAUGUGGUCCAUACAUGCUGGGUGAUGUAUGGCAUUGUGUACACAAAGCCCUGUGAAAGCCACAGUGAUAACUGCAUCAAACCAUACCUUUCAAAGAGGCCAAAAUUGCAAUUAAGUGUAUAUACCACAACAAGGACUAGUAUUAGUGCUGAAAAUAAUGUUGAUUUAGUUCUAAAUGUUGACAACUUUGAUGUAGAGUCAAGAUUUGAAAGAACUGUGAAUGUUACUGUACCCAAGAAAACCAGGAAUAACGGCACAUUGUAUGCAUAUAUAUUUCUUCAUCACUCUGGGGUCCUACCUUGGCAUGAUGGUAAACAAGUACACAUUGUGAGCCCUUUGACUACUUACAUGAUUCCAAAACCUGAAGAAGUUAAUCUCAUUACAGGAGAAACAACUCAGCAAAUCGAUACCGAUAAAAAAGAAAAUAAUGCAUUGGAUGAACCUGUCUCACACUGGAGAUCUCGCCUAACACUGAAUGUUAUGGUGGAAGACUUUAUUUUUGAUGGCUCAUCACUACCUGCUGAUGUUCACAGAUACAUGAAAAUGAUUCAGCUGGGGAAGUCCGUUCAUUACCUUCCUAUAUUAUUUAUAGAUCAGUUAAGUAAUCGAGUGAAGGAUUUGAUGAUGAUAAAUCGUUCUACAACAGAACUUCCUCUGACUGUAUCAUAUGACAAAAUAUCUUUGGGUAAGCUGCGGUUUUGGAUUCACAUGCAAGAUGCAGUUUACUCUUUACAGCAAUUUGGUUUUUCAGAAAAAGAUGCAGAUGAAGUUAAGGGAAUUUUUGUGGACACCAAUCUUUAUUUCCUAGCCCUUACUUUCUUCGUAGCUGCUUUUCAUCUACUAUUUGAUUUUCUUGCAUUUAAAAAUGACAUCAGUUUCUGGAAGAAGAAGAAAAAUAUGGUUGGGAUGUCAACAAAAGCAGUGUUGUGGCGUUGUUUCAGCACGGUGGUGAUUUUCCUUUUCUUACUGGAUGAACAAACCAGCUUGCUGGUUUUGAUCCCUGCUGGCAUUGGGGCUGUGAUUGAGGUCUGGAAAGUCAAGAAGGCAUUGAAAAUAACCUUCCAGUUCAGAGGUAUAAUUCCUGUAAUCAAGUUUGGGACCUGCAGUGAAUCUGAAAAGAAAACUGAAGAAUAUGAUACUCAGGCAAUGAAAUAUUUGUCAUACUUAUUAUACCCAUUAUGUGUUGGCGGGGCUGUGUAUUCACUUUUGAAUAUAAGAUACAAAAGCUGGUAUUCUUGGUUGAUUAACAGCUUUGUCAAUGGUGUUUAUGCUUUUGGAUUCCUUUUUAUGCUGCCCCAGUUGUUUGUAAAUUAUAAGAUGAAAUCUGUGGCCCAUUUACCUUGGAAGGCAUUCACAUAUAAAGCAUUUAAUACAUUUAUUGAUGAUAUAUUUGCCUUUAUUAUUACCAUGCCAACAUCUCACCGACUUGCAUGUUUUAGAGAUGAUGUGGUAUUUCUAAUUUAUUUGUACCAAAGAUGGCUUUAUCCUGUGGAUAAGACUAGAGUGAAUGAAUAUGGUGAAACCUAUGAAGAGAAACCAAAACGAAAGCCACAUAUAAACUAGAUUUCAUUCGUAUGGUGUCUGUGAUAUUUCUUAUUUGGAACAUACAGUGUGCAAAUAAGGAACCAGGAAAACGAUCAAUGAGUAUUUAUAAUGCUACGGUGAACUUUUCCAAACUAUAUAUAGUCUACCUUGCCAAAAUCCUGAAAUGUGUUCCCUCUUUGCUUGGUCUUAUCUCCAGCAUCAGUUCUUAUAUACAAUGCAGAUAAUUCCACAAUACUGUAAGUGUAUGGGUGUUUUGUUUUUGUUUUUUUUCUUAAAUAGAUGACGAAUUUCAGACUUGUUAUGUAUGUUAGCAAUGACUGCUAAUUAUGCAGAGACUACAUUGCAUUCAUUAAAAUGAAAACCUUGAUAUGCAGAAGCUGUGACCGAAUGUAUAUCAUAUUUAAACUUGCAUUCCAUACAACUAACAUAAUGCAGCAAGCUAAGUUGCCAGCAUUCUAAUGUCUGACUUUCAUAUUCAGCAUUUAUGAUGAUAAAUCAACAAGGAAAUACAUAAACGAUACCUGAACUUAACUUGAAUGA